AGAAAGAGGGAGGGUGUUCUAGUAAAAUCGUAGUUCCUUCUACUGGCUCUUGCCUGCUACCUUCCUGAUUUUCUCUGUCCGUUCCGAACAUAGCCCAGUAGUAGAAAACUAAAAUUUCAGAGCGUUUUUCCAAAAACUCUUUCAUUACUUUGCUGUUAUCGCUCCUUUCACAUUUACCAAACCAAAUCGAAAAUCGACAAUACAGUGUCUUUGUGAUCUCCGUAGGAAUCUCAACUCUAUUGCAGUAACUGUUCACCAUUUUUAUUCACUUUCUCGAUUGAUUUCUUUAUCGGGGCAUGCUUUUCGUUUUUUCUUUGGUUUUUUUGAUGUAUGAUGGAUCCUAAAAAACUUACAUUGCCAGACCAGGUUCUCUUGCCGAGAAGAAAGGUGGUUUCUGGGCUUUUUUUAUGGGUUGGUGUUUCUCUCAUUAUGCUAUCUUUGCUUUUGCUUGGUAGUAAUUCUUUUAAGGCUCGUUUAAAGGGUUCACCUUUUCUUCAAGGAUCUAACAGUGUAACUGCUAAUUCUUCUGUUGUUUCAUGGCCUUUCUCAUAUACAACUUCUUACUUCCCAUCUUCUGUUUCUAAUAAUAAUGAUAGUGCUGUUAAUAAUAAGGGAGAUUUUCUGGAAAAAGCCUUAGAAGCAGAUGCAUUGGAGGUUUUGUUAGAGAAAACCCAUUUGGGGAAUUUAACUCAGAAUAUUAAAAAUGGAAACUUUUGUGUUGAUGAAGGAAAAGUUCAAAAUAAAACCCGGGAAGCCGAAAAUGGAAAUUUCCCAGUUUUUAGUGGCAAUGGCAGUGUUUUAGAGAAAACUCAUUUGGGUAAUUUUGAUGACGUGGUAAAAGACGGAAGCUUGCCUGGUCAAGAAGCUAGGAAUUUAAGUCUCUCUGGUGAUAGCAUUGAAGGGAAAUCUGUGGAAAAUUCUAGCGUUGUAGACAGUACAGUGGCAAAAAUUAACAAUAAGGGCAAUUUGUUGUAUAAAGGAGAAUUUGGUAUAUCCCAAGGUGGAGAAGAAGGAAAUCAAAGUGGAAAUUUUGAGACAUGUGAUAUAUUUGAUGGCCAGUGGGUGAGGGAUGAUUCAAAGCCAUACUAUCCAGCAGGAUCUUGUCCACAUAUUGAUAGAGAUUUUGAUUGUCACCGAAAUCGGCGGCCUGAUGAUGGAUUUGUUAAAUGGAAAUGGCAGCCAAAUGGGUGUAACGUCCCAAGUUUGAAUGCUACUGAUUUUUUGGAGAGGUUAAGAGGACAGAAGCUGGUUUUUGUUGGGGAUUCACUGAAUCGGAACAUGUGGGAGUCUUUGGUAUGCAUCCUCCGCCAUAUCAUAAAAAACAAGAAAAGAGUCUAUGAGAUCUCUGGAAGGACAGAAUUCAAAAAGAAGGGCUUCUAUGCAUUUAUAUUUGAGGACUAUAAUUGUACCGUAGAUUUUGUUGGUUCUCCAUUUCUUGUUAGAGAAUCGUCUUUCAAUAGCCAAAAUGGAACUUUUGAAACAUUAAGGUUGGACUUGAUGGACCAUACAACUAAAAUGUACCAAGAUGCUGAUAUCAUAGUGUUCAAUACAGGUCAUUGGUGGACCCAUGAAAAAACUUCUAGAGGAGAAGAUUAUUACCAAGAAGGUAAUUUUGUACACCCAAGACUAAAGGUUUUGGAAGCAUAUAGGAGAGCACUUCUGACUUGGGCCAGAUGGGUCGACAAUAACAUAGAUAGGAAUCGAACACAGGUUUUUUUCAGAGGAUACUCGGUUACCCAUUUCAGAGGAGGCCAAUGGAACUCAGGAGGACAGUGUCACAAAGAAACAGAACCAAUAUUUAAUGCAAAGUACUUAGCAAAGUACCCUUCCAAAAUGAGAGCUUUUGAGCAUGUCCUUGGAGAGAUGAAAAAUCCUGUUAUAUAUAUGAACAUAAGCAGGCUAACAGAUUACAGAAAAGAUGGGCACCCUUCUAUUUACAGAAUGAAGUACAAGACAGCAGAAGAACAAAUUGCUGCUGAGCGAUCUCAAGAUUGCAGUCAUUGGUGCUUACCCGGAGUGCCAGAUACUUGGAAUGAAUUAUUAUAUGCUUCCCUCUUGAAGGCGGGAAGAGGAUCUUGGAGAAUCUGAAUGGGGUUGUGUGGAAAUCAUGUGUCUAUAGUUUGUCAUAUCAAAGUGUUUUAGGUAUGGAUUAGAAUAUUGUAUUAUGCCUACGAGAUGUAUAACAGGUACAAGGGCCAAGUUCUAGCCCUUUUUGUCUGGUAGUGUAAUAGAAUAAUAUUGUGGGCUACACUAGGAACUAGAAUACCAUUUUGGGCUGCACUAGCAACUCCUGUGAUCGAAAGGAUUCGAAUUUAAGGCAUUUUAUCGAAAGGAUCGAAUUUAAGGCAUUUCACUC